GCAGUAUGGACCAUUAAAGCAUACACACCGUCACUGUCCCCAUUUCCUGCUCGCUCAUUGAUUGCGGCCGUUGUAUUGGCUCGCAAGACACUUCCUUCUCGCACUGGUCGCAGUAUGGACCAUCAAAGCAUACGCAAUGUCAUCGCAUUCAGUAUGGAUCAUCAAAGCAUACGCAACGCAUUCUCUCGCAACUUCUGCACUCAUUAUCAUGGAACCGCGUGUCCUUGUAAACCGUGGCUUACAUCCCUUCUUCUCCCCAAGCAAUUGCCUCAGUAUUUUUCGUUUUAUCCAGCAACGCCUCGAUUCCUCCAGCAAUGUCUCAAAGCGCUUUGCCUCCAGCGACGUUAUGCCAGCUACAUGCGACCAACUCUAUUGCUUGAUCUGGAAUGGACGAUUAUUUCUCAAUAUCUUCGCACCGCCAAACCAGAGCCAUACGCUACGCUACGCCCUCUUAUGCAUCAUCCCCAUUUCUCCGCAACGGUUUUUUCUGCGAUACUCUACACGCUUGCACGCAUAAUUGCUAACCCUCCGCAACGACAUUGUCAUCUCACCUGCACUCCAGCGUCAUGUCUCGGCAUCGCCUAUUUCAAUGUUGAGUCAAAGCAAUGCUGCAUCCAGCACGUCUUCAUAUCUUGUCUUCGUCGUCGUCCGGAACGCUCUGCUUGUAAGUCUCGCACAGAGAGGAUACAGAACCAGUGGAAGUGUUGUGCGCUGGGAAUUCUGAGCGUGCGACACCGCCAAUGCGUGCUCUACAAAGUGCCAGCACAGCAUUACCGUAGCAAUA